ACCCUUGCCGUCAAGUGUCAGACUGGGAUUCCUCACUUUUAUUACAUUUCUCAGUACACUUCCACAACUAAUUUUUGUGAUUUUGUAUAAGUUAGCAUAAAAAAAAUCAUUCGUUGCCAUUAUGGGCACUUCACUUGGUAAAUUCCUUAAUAGGAGUCCCGAAUGUCAUUUCAACGGCUACCGGAAAUUCUUAAGAUCCUACAAGCAGAAGCACUCGGAAUUGUCGCAGCAGCAGGCGAACCUACAGGCUGCACAGAACUGGGGCAAACUCUCCACAUCGCAGAAGAUGAGCUUUGUCGAUGUGGCCAAUACAAAUUAUGACAAAUUGGACAUGGGCAACCGCACUAAAGCUAGGUCCAGGCGUCGCAGCAACAAGAAGCGCGGAGGCGCCUUGGGCGUGAAAAACUCCACGUCAAGCGUGAAAAACUCCGCCUCUACUGUUCUUAACUUGAUUGAAAACGCUGAUAUUGGUGUCCCCGCCUCAACUGAUCUAAACUUGAUGGAAAACGCUGAUAGUCGGUUCCCCAAUUUCAUGAAUCAAUAUCGUUUAGCGCACGCUGAACUCACCGCGUCGGACCUACAUCUGAAGGGCUGCAAUGCCUGGAGGGCACUGACCGAGCAACAAAAGAGUCUGUUCAAAGAUAGUCCCAGCAAUGCGGAGCUGCUGGAACACUGCACCUGCUCGCCUAGAGAUUCCUGCUAAACACACAAAACUUUACUCAAUAAAUGGCCCGCCCGCUCGUGCAUGGUCGCUUGUCACGUGA